CUUUGGAAUGGCGAUCUCUGCGAACGCACCCACGAUGCUCUUCUGGAUUGCAUUUGUGGCAGCGAUUCCCCUCUUGAUCCUCUACCUCUUCGAGCGCACCCGCCACCUGCGGCUAAAACAAUACGCCCGCUUCCCACAACUCACUCCGUCGUUGGUAUGGGGCCACAUCAAAGCCCUCGACGAGGUAAUGGGAGAGGGCGAUAGACGGCGACAUAUCGACCAAGUCUUUCUCGAAAUUCACGAAAAGCUGCAAGCGCCCCCAUUAUUCAUCGUCGACCUGCGACCAGUCCUCUACUCCAUCUGCGUGGUCUGCAGCCACGAGGUCGCGGAGCAGAUCUCGCGCAGCUCAAAGGCGUUUCCGUACAGUUUGCCCAAGGGCGCUGUCCUGGCGAAUUUUGAGCCGCUGAUUGGGGGGCGGAGUAUUCUUUCUGCGCAGGUACAUCGUGUAUCAUUCCCGUGGAGAAUGUGACGAGAGUUGAUUAUACAUAGGGAAGCGAAUGGAAAGCCCUCCGGAAAAGAUUUAACCCUGGUUUCGCGCCGCAGCAUCUCAUGUCGCUCCUACCAGGAAUACUGGACCGAGUACAGUGCUUCACGGAUAUCCUGGAUGGGCAUGCGGAGUCGGGCGAGGUCUUUGCGCUUGAUGAGCCCUGUAUCAAUCUUACCUUUGAUAUCAUCGGCACCGUAACAAUGGACACAGACCUGCACGCGCAAGGAAACCCCGGCCCCCAAAGCCCCAUCGUAACCACCUUCCGCCAGCUUGUAUCCCUGUACCGCGCGAGCGGCAGCGCAUCGUGGGAUCAGUUCAAAUUAAGAACAAAAUUCCAGCGAUGGAGGCUCGCCAGACAACUUGAUGACAUGCUCCGCCAACACGUGCAAGACCACUACUACAACUGGAGAGCCCGUUCGACCACAGACAGAGCCGCGAAAAGAUCAAAGAGCGUCCUUGCACUGAGCUUCGAUGGUGUCGAGGACCUAGACGAGACCCUCCUCGCUUCCACAUGCGACCAGCUCAAGACGUUCCUGUUCGCGGGACACGAUACGACGAGUAGUCUGCUGCAAUGGGCAUUCUACGAACUCAGCCGGACGCCGCAUGCGCUGCGGGCCGUGCGAAAUGAACUCGAUGAGGUUCUUGGACGCAACGCUUCACCCGCCAACAUUCGCGAACAACUCCUCUCACCACGCGGGGAGAGUCUGCUAGGGCGGAUGAGCUACACGGCUGCUGCGGUCAAAGAAGCGCUGCGUCUCCAUCCACCGGCUGGGACGGGGCGGUUCGUGCCGCAUGGAACGGGGUUUAAUGUGACGCUGCCAGACGGGCAGAGUCUCUGCCUGGACGGCAUGAUCUUGCAUAACUGUGAGACGAUUAUCCAGCGCGAUGCGAAAGUCUACGGAGUCACGAAGGUUGCGUUUGUGCCGGAGCGGUGGCUUGAACAUACGAAUCCACACACCACGCGUGAUAUUGAUUCCAGUCUCAUCCUCAAAGGCAAACACGGUAGUGGGAAAGGGAUACCUGCAUCAGCGUGGCGUCCCUUUGAGCGCGGUCCCCGGAACUGUAUCGGUCAAGAACUCGCGAAUCUCGAGGCGAAGAUUGUACUCGCUUGUACGCUAAGACGGUUCGAUUUUGUCAAAGUCGGGCUUGGCGAAGUUGUUAGGGAUAGGCAUGGCGAGCCGGUUAUGGGGGAGUCUGGGCAGUAUGCGGUCAAAGAGGACCUCUUCAAUAUCAUGGAGGUUACUGGGAAGCCGGUUGAUGGGACGCAGAUGCGAGUUUCGUUUGCGAAGAGUUAGUAGCCAGGGUACCAAGUGUUAGACCUAGCGAUAAAGCGCUGGGGAGGAACGUAGUUGCUGCCCUAGGCCGUGGUGGUGGUACUAAGGCGAAGCCUUAGGUAGCUGCUAAGAAGCUUGCUUUAAUAGCUAUAUAAUAUAUAACUUAGACAUGCUAGCGUACUGUAGUACAAAUAUUCAUUUCCA